AUGUAUGUUGUUGAGAGCAAAGCGGGAGCUAUAGGAUGUAUGAUACUUUCGCUAUGUUGUUUGGGAAGUUGGCCAGCGAUUUUGACUCUGUUGGAGAGAAGAGGUCGUCUUCCUCAACAUACUUUUCUUGAUUUCACAACCGCUAAUCUCUUGGCCGCAAUUGUGAUCGCGUUUUCGCUCGGUGAGGUUGGAAAAAGCACGUUUCAAACACCCGACUUCACCACUCAGCUCCCCCAGGACAAUUGGCCGUCUGUAUUAUUCGCAGUCGUAGGCGGCGUGCUUCUAAGCGUUGGGAAUUUAGCGACUCAAUACGCUUUUGCGUUUGUCGGUUUAUCAGUUACCGUAGUUAUUACCGCAAGCAUCACCGUUGUCAUUGGUACGACGUUGAAUUAUUUCUUGGACGACAAGAUUAACAAAGCCGAGAUCCUUUUUCCCGGAGUUGGUUGCUUCUUGCUCGCUAUUUUCCUCGGCGCUGCGAUUCAUUCCUCUAACGCAGCUGAUAUCAAGUCCUUACCUAGCGGGUAUAAAUCCGAGACACGAGAUUUCUACUCCAUUAAAAAAGGUGAAGAAAACCCUGAAAAAGAGAAAACCGACGUCGAGUCUCAAGAGAAAGCAGCGGAGAAGGCUAAAGCAGGGACUGCAGGAUUCCUUGUAGAGCUAGAGAACAAAAGAGCAAUCAAGGUCUUUGGAAAGAGCAUAAUGAUCGAACUGUUCAUAACGCUCUUCGCCGGAAUCUGCCUCUCUCUGUUCUCUCCUGCAUUCGUUGUCUACACCGCCUUCUUCUACUUCUCGAUCGCCGGUUUCCUCAUCGCUCUGAUUCUAAACCUAAUCUUUCUUUACCGACCUAUGGUGGGCUUAGCGAGAUCAUCGCUAAAGAAGUAUGUAAACGACUCAAAAGGUAGAGGUUGGGCUGUUUUUGCUGGCUUCUUGUGUGGGUUUGGCAACGGUUUACAGUUCAUGGGUGGCCAAGCCACUGGAUAUGCAGCUGCGGACUCUGUCCAAGCACUUCCUUUUGUAAGCACGUUUUGGGGGAUAAUUUUGUUUGGAGAGUAUCGGAGAUCGUCGAGGAGAACUUAUGUGCUUUUGGUAAGCAUGUUGGUCAUGUUUAUUGCGGCCGUUGCGAUACUCAUGGCGUCCUCCGGUCACCGGAAAUGAUUAGCUUUUCUUAGUUCUUCUGUUAUAUGCUUCACAUGUGUAUUGUAAGUUACUUAACAUGUGCAAUACGUAUAUACGGCCAUAUUGAC